AUGAAUAACUUACUUGAUUGUGUGAAAAUUAUGUUGCUUGUUCAGAAUUUAGUCUUACAUUCCCGUAGUAAAACAUAUAGGAUUGCGGCUACCAUUUCGGCCUUUCAAACAGUUUUUUGGGGGCGUUACAAUCUUUCUGAUAAUUUAGAUUCCUGUGGAUCCAUCAAGUUGAGCCCCCAAAGUUCAAGCACAACAGUCUUUGAGGGCGUCGGGGUCACCACCGGUUCCGGUGAUGCAUUCCCCCUCACGGGCUGUCACUAUGACGGACCAGCAGGACUGGAGGAUCCCUCGUGCAUCUCGAAUUGGAAGAACCCGAAAGGCUACACGAUUUCUUUGGACAAGCGUCCGGCUGCGGAUGGCAGGGAUCUCCGGGAAGUGCAGGUCGAUGACAACUUGGCGAAGCUCUCCGAGGCCUUGUAUGUGGCGGAGCACAAGGCAAGAGAGGCUGUUGCAAUGCGAUCAAAGGUGCAGAGGGAGAUGAUGAUGAAUGAGAAAGAAAGAAAGAAAGAAAGAAAGGAGCCGGAGCAGGAGCUCCGUGCAGUGGCUCAAAAGGCUCGUUCUGAGACGACCGGCAAUGCUUCAGCACCUGCCGAUACUGAAACAGGAGAACAAGAAGAACAGCACAAGGAGACAAUCGAGGAACGGAGAGAGCGGCUGCAGCGCGAUCAAAUCCGUGAAGAGCGUAGACGUGAGAGGGAGAGGGAGAGAAGGUUGGAGAAUAGGGAUGCCGCAGUGGCGAAGAAGAGCAAGACCACCAGGGAUAGGAAUCGAGAUGUCAGUGAGAAGGUUGCUCUGGGCAUGGCUAAUAACAUACUUGGGGGUGAGGAGGUCACAAUAUACGAUCAGAGGCUCUUUAGCCAGGACAAGGGCAUGAAUUCUGGGUUCGCUGCCGAGGACCAGUACGACGUAUAUGAUAAGGACCUGUUCACGGCACAGCCCACAGUAUCUACGCUAUGCAGGCCACAGUGCUAA